AUGCACUCUCCAAGAGAUACAAGACAUAAUAAUGGAAGUUCAAAUGGCGAUGGUUCAAGCCAUAAUUAUAAAGAUGACCAAAGUAGAGAUAACUAUAAAGAUGAUGAAGACAGAGACUUUGAAAGAAAAAUGAGAUCACCCCCAACAUCUUCAGAAUCUCCACCAAAUACCAAUACAUCAUCAGAUAAUAAUGUCGAUCAAAACAAUGGCAAUACUUUACAUGUAUCCAACCUCAACCCAAGAACAAGAGAAUCCGAUCUAAGAGACACAUUUGCAUCAAUUGGAAAAGUUAUAGAUUGCACUAUUUUAUUAGAUCCAAAUACUAAAGAAUCAAGAGGAUUCGGUUUUGUAACAUAUUCAAGUGGCGAUGAAGCUCAAGAUGCCAUUCAACGUUUAGAUUCCACAAAAAUUGAUGGAAAUACAAUUAGAGUUGAAAAAUCAAAGAGAUCAAAAGCACGUGACCCAACUCCUGGUUUUUAUAUGGGUAGUGAAAGAAAAAAGAGACCAUAUGGAAAUAAUUUUGGUGGACCAAAUCAACAUCAUCAUCAUCAUCAUAUGAGAGGUGAUCCACGUGGAAAUCCAUAUGGAUCAUAUCCAGGUUAUCCAGGUAGUUAUUCUAAAUACCCAAUGGCCCCACCACCAUAUGGUGGUGCACCUGGAAUGGGUUAUUAUAAUGGAUAUCCACCAUCUUAUCCAUCCUACCCAUCAUAUCCAACUUAUCCAAAAUAUAAUAACAACGACUCAAGAUAUUCACCUUAUGGUAGAAGAGGAGGUGAUGAUAGAGAUUCAAGAAGAUCCUCCUCUUCCUCCUCCUCCUCCUCCUCUUCCUCUCAUGUUGAUCAUCAUCAUGAUCGUGAUAGAAGAUCAAGUGGUAAUGAUGAUAGAGGUAGAGAUUCAAGAGAUUAUUAUAGAAGAGAUUAA